ACAAGGUUGACAGUACAACAAGGAACGUAUCGUGGGGAAGGGGUGUGAACAGAGGGAGAGCGGCGAGUGUUUAAAGCACCGCAAAUCCCACCGCAUGACUAUGACCUGGGGUAAUUAAUUUGCAAUUUGCCUCAGCAGCUAUGUCAGCGAGGAGAUCGUUUUCGAAAUCCACAUCGACAAGCGUGCCUUAGCGCGGCACACAGGCUCUUCUCCGACAAGCAACUUGCAUGCCUAGGAGAAAGGUCAGGAGGCCAAAAUUCCCGGCUGAACACGACGCCAACUUGCUAGUUGGCAUCGUGUGCGCCAAGACUCAUCCUAGCGGACACAAUGAAGAACUUUGUUCAUCAUCGCAGCCGAUAGGAUACAUAGAAGGAGGAUCCACUGGAACCGUCCAGCGAGGAGUCGCACUAUGAGACAGCCU